AACGGACAAAUGCUAUUGCUUCAGUGGUGACAGGUUGUUCAGCUUCUUACAGCCAUCUCCCCCCAAAACCAAGGUUAACGCCUUUCCCCCCCGCUCCACCCGAUGGACUCCAAGACGUUUUGGUUCCAAAGGACUUGAAGGAAUUGCUUCAGUCAUUUUAAUCUCUUACUUCGGAAUCUUUAUCACCGUGAUUGUGUUGCCAGAGUUGGAUUUCAACAUCUGGAUAAAUCAGAAAAGCAUGCAAGACAAUACUUCAGAAUCUUCUACUUCAAUAACUCAACUACUGAGAGAGAGCUAUUUAGCUGAAAACAACCGCCAAGGGAAUAGUGAAAGAAGCAGAUCAGAACCAUCUCCACAUUCUUUCCACCGUGGCAGUAGUUUGGGGCCUUCAGACGAGGUGGCUAGCCAAGAGGACCUUCCUGAUCUUUCAGCCUUUUUGAGCCAAGAAGAGCUGGAUGAAAGUGUGAACUUGGCAAGGCAAGCCAUCAAUCAAGAUCCACUUGAGAACAAGCAGGACGAACAGAUACAUGUAUUCUUUCCCUCUGAGUUGAAAAACUCUGGAAAUACAGUUUCAAACAAACAGCAGUUCCCAUCUAAGGCAGCUUCACCAACUUCAGACAGCAGCCUAAGGAAACAGCAAUUUGGUUCUGAGACAGAGUCGAAAAAGGAAUUCCUCAACAAGGCUGCAGAUUUCAUUGAGGAGCUUUCUUCUCUUUUCAAAGCACACAAUUCAAAAAGAAUCAGGCCCCGAACAUGCAAAAACUACAGGAGCAAACUUGAAUCUAAAAAUAAGGCUGCUCAGGACAGUGGUUCUGCUUUCUCAAAUCUCUCUGAAAACAGAGAAAGGCCUUGUGACCCAGUACCGCAAGAUUUAGCUGUAGCUGAGCACUCACUUGAAAACCCAGAUAACCCUCCACAGGCAGACUUGGAAGCUGUUAAUCAGCUAGAAAGUUCAGGGUUAACAACAGAGUCACCAGCUGCAUCGUUUUAUUCUGAGGAGACAAUAGGCCAACCACCACAUUUUACUCAAAAGCUGAAGAGCAGGGAGGUCCCUGAAGGAACCAAAGUGCAGUUGGACUGCAUUGUGGUAGGAAUUCCAACACCUGAAAUCAGGUGGUACUGUGAAGGGAAAGAGCUUGAAAACUCACCAGAUAUUCACAUCAUCCAGUCAGGACAGCUGCAUUCACUAGUAAUUGUUGAAGCAUUUGAAGAAGACACAGGGCGUUACUCCUGCUUUGCUUCUAACAUCUAUGGGACAGACUCAACCUCUGCAGAGAUCUACGUAGAAGGAGCCUCCUCUUCUGAAUCUGAAAGCGACACGAGCACCAGCAAAGAAGAAAUGGAUCAAUACCAAAACCGCACCAAGAUCUCUUCAAAUGUGCCUCCUCCUCCUGCUCCUCCUCCUGUUAAUACCACCCAUCAAGAAACACCGAAACCACAACCUUCUAUGGUACAUCCUGUGUCGAUACCCGCCUACCAUAGUCAAAGCCCCACCAACUAUUUACAAGGACUUGAUGGAAGCCCCAUAAUAGCUGCUCCAGUGUUUACUAAGAUGCUACAGGAAAUAUCUGCCUCUGAGGGCCAGCUGGUUGUGUUUGAAUGCAGAGUGAAAGGAGCCCCUUCUCCAAAGGUUGAGUGGUACAGAGAAGGGACGUUGAUAGAAGACUCCCCGGACUUCAGGAUAUUACAGAAAAAACCUCGCUCUAUGGCUGAGCCAGAGGAGAUUUGCACGUUGGUCAUUGCGGAGGUGUUUUCAGAAGAUUCUGGGAGUUUUACGUGCACUGCAAGCAAUAAAUAUGGGACAGUCUCCAGUACAGCUCGCUUAACUGUAAAGGGACCUGAGGACCAGAAUAAUAAUGCUGCUCUCCAUACUAUAAGUUCUAUCAGUUUAGUUGCUGCUGAGCAGCAGCCUUCUGCACCUGCCGCUUCACUUCCACGGGUGGAUCAGCCUCCAAAGCCUAAACUGGAAGGAGUUCUUGUAAACCACAAUGAACCUCGGUCAAGUUCCAAGAUAGGCCUUCAUGUGCACUUUAAGCUUCCGGAAGAUGAUCAAGGAAGUGAAGCUUCAUCAGAGGGUGGAGGAGCGCCUACAAAUCAAACCAGACCAAACUGCUUCCCGGAUAAGAUCAAUGGACAGAUAUUUAAAAACCAGGAGCUAACCUCACCGUCAAAAGAGCCACCUCCUGUGCUGGCUAAACCAAAACUGGAUCCCACCCAGUUAAAACAGCUACACACCCAGGUCUUGCUUGAGCAACAGCAAACACAGCAACCAUCCCCCCCACCUCCAAGAGAGUUGCCAUUCAAUACUGGCACACUGAACUCUGCUACUUCAGCCAACCAGCAACAGCCUUCAUCGACUACAUACAAGCAAAACAAGGGUCCCUCGACACAGACAUUCACCUACACCCGUCCUAAGCAGUUCCUGGCAUCUCAGAACACCACCCCAGCCGUCAGCUCCCCUUCCAGCUCCCCCAUGCCUUCGUUCAGCAACAUACCACAAGGAUCCCAGAGGACAACCAACAAGGAGAACUUCUUAGGAUCCCCACCAGCCCAGACAAGGCCUCCAGGAGGGUUGGCAAACCAAACUGAGCAGCCUCUUACAAGUCCCAAAGAACCUGUGUUGCCACCACUAUUGCUUUCUGUAUCUAGCCUGAAUCAGUUCCAGCCCCAAAAUGUGCCUCCUACUCCUCUCUCUCCAACUGGUCGCAUUCAGAACCCGGUAGCCUUCCUCAGCUCUGUUCUACCUUCUCUUCCUUCUACACCCCCAACGAAUGCCAUGGGUCUACCUAAAAGUGCGCCAACUCCUGGAAGCCAGGGAACGGUGAAGAAAAAUCUUAGGCCUUUGCCACUGCCAACAGAAGAUUCAAUUAGAGAUCACAAAGCUGCUGUUGUCAAGGACCUGGAGAAAAGACUGCAUUUACGGGAUGAUGCAUUUCCACAUGGCCCACAGAGAGCAACCUAUGAUGAAAAUCUGGCUCGCAAGCUUCAGGGACCAAGCAAUGAUACCCCAAUCUUCAACUUUACAGCUCAGGAUGUAUCUAAGGAAUAUAAAAUUUCCAGCUUUGAGCAGAGGUUGAUGAACGAAAUAGAGUUUCGCCUUGAACGUACCCCAGUGGAUGAAUCAGAUGAUGAAGUUGAGCAUGAUGAGAUCCCUACGGGCAAGUGCAUUGCCCCAAUCUUCGACAAGAGACUCAAGCAUUUCCGUGUCUUGGAAGGGUACCCUGCUACCUUCACUUGCAAAAUUGUUGGAAUUCCUAUACCUAAGGUAUAUUGGUUUAAGGAUGGCAAGCAGAUUUCAAAGAAAGAUGGACAUUUCAAGAUGAUCAGGGAGGGUGAUGGGACAUGCUCAUUGCAUAUUGAAGAGACCACGAACGAUGAUGAUGGGAACUAUACAUUCAUGGCUGCAAAUCCACAGGGGAGAAUCAGCUGUUCUGGUCACUUACUGGUUCAAACUCCUCCAAUGCGUGGUAGAUUAACAACAGCAAUCCAGUCACACAGGGGAAGAUCCCGUAUACCAGAAGGAGAUAAGGAACCUGUCCAGGAGCGAUUUUUCCGGCCUUAUUUUCUGCAGGCACCUGGGGACAUGGUAGCUCACGAAGGACGGCUUUGUAGACUGGAUUGCAAGGUGAGUGGAUUACCACCUCCUGACCUGAUGUGGCUUCUGAAUGGCAAGCCAGUUUUACCAGACACCACUCAUAAGAUGCUGGUCAGAGAGACAGGAGUGCACUCUCUGCUUAUUGAUCCGCUUACGCAAAAUGAUGCUGGAAUUUACACUUGCAUUGCCACUAACAAAACAGGACAAAAUUCAUUCAGCCUGGAGCUUAGUGUUGUAGAAAAAGAAGUUAAGAAAGCUCCAGUGAUUCUUGAGAAAUUACAGAACUGUGGAGUACCAGAAGGACAUCCAGUCCGGCUAGAAUGCAGAGUGAUUGGAAUGCCACCCCCAGUCUUUUAUUGGAAGAAAGACAAUGACACCAUUCCUCCCCAUAGAGAGAGGAUGAGUAUGCAUCAAGAUGCUACAGGGUAUGUUUGCCUUCUGAUUCAGCCCGCUAAGAAAGUGGAUGCUGGCUGGUACACUUUGUCUGCAAAAAACGAGGCUGGUAUCGUCUCUUGCACUGCUAGACUUGACAUAUACGCCCAGUGGCAUCAACAGAUCCCUCAGCCAAUAAAGAUUCGCCCUGGUGGCACCCGAUAUGCAAAUCUCUCGGGGCAAGGACUCGACAUUUUUUCUGCUUUCUCGACUGUUGAGAAUCCAGUGCGGUUUUCGUCACCAUCCCAGCCUGUGGUAGAAAGUGAAGAACUUUAAAAACCUCCGAUUCCAAUCUUACCUGCAAAAAAACAACCACCACCCCGUAACUAGAACUGUGAAAAAGAAUGGAAGGUACAAGCCAGGAGGCUCAAGGUUUACAAGCAACUUGUAUUUGUUGAGUAACUGUAGGGUUGCUGCAAUUCCUGUGAGUAACAUACUGUACAAGAUCUUAGUUCAGCAUUGUACUGUGGGGUCACUGUAGCAUUAAAUGCACUGCGGCAAGUUCAGUGCUCUGUUGUUUUACCCCUCCCAAGUAUUAUGAGGGGAGGCAGCUGAGUUUUAAGCUGUUAAAAGAAAAAGCUCUGCCCACUUUUUUCUGCUUGAAUUAAAAAACAAACUACUGUACCUUAAAUGCAUAAUGGUAAAGGUUUUGGACAUCCAGCUGAA